AUGACCCGGGAUGUCCAUCGAGCUUUGGAGUUGUUAGAAGAGUACCACGCCGACCUCAUCCGAUCUUCGGACAUUGAACUCAAAUACAAUAUUGAGAGGGUGGUCAACUCUUUCAAAACUGGUUUAUUCAACGCAUUAUGUGGUAUGUUAUUCUGGGUUAUGGGGUGGAAUCGGUCUCAUUUCCAUUCAGUUUCGUGAAUUCGCUACGUCGUGCCGUAAAGGCAACUCUUUGAAGCCAAUAAAUGACGUUAAGGCGUCUCUGCGAUUCCGUUUUUAAUGGAGCGUCAAAAAAUUGCUCAUCGAAGACAAGAAUCCUUUAACGAUAGGUCAUGACAAAAUUCAUAAAGCGUUUGUUUGACCCGUUGACGCAUCCAACCAAUCUUUUCAGACAUACAGGAAUUUUACGACAACAUUCUGCUUAAUCCAAACAUCUCAUUCAUCCAGAAAACUGCGGAAGCUCAAAAAUUCGCGGAUCGAUGGGACGGAACAAGUACGUGUAGAAAAUAAACGCAAUUGCGCCUGAGGCAUUACUCAUGCGUAGUAUAAGAAAACCAGUUGAGGCAAUGUAAACAACAUUUUUUCUUCAGAUGCCCCCUUCUCCCACACUGCCCUUCCCCACACUUAUUCCCGGCCAAGUUCAGCGUUUUCUGGAGUCAGAUUUGGGACGACAGAGCCCAUCGGCACUGGCAACAUCCUUAAUUAUAGUGCUGUAUGUAGACCAUCCCUCCUAGUUACAACUAAAAAUGACGCAAUUUUCAGGCUAAAGAACCGCAAUAUGAGGAUUACGACAUUUUUGAAGUUGUCAUCGACGCCUCUCAGGCGGGUCUCGGGUUCUCUAUCAGUGGUGGCUCUGAUCGCCCACCAGUUCCGGAUUACCAUAUUAGAGUAACGGAAAUCAAAGAAAAGGGAGCGGUAUGGGCGGAUGGAAGGGUCAGAAUUGGAGAUGUCAUCCUGAAGGUUAACGGAAUUGACGUCUCGCAUGUACCCCAUGAGGCUGCUGUUGCUGCUCUCAACAAUUCUGGUCAAUUCGUAAAAUUGGUAAAUUUUGAACAACAAUCUUUAACUGCUUGUUCAGUGUGUUGUUAAUUGUACAAAUUGUUUUAGUUGGUGAAAAGAGAAAGAUUAUCAAGAAGUCUCAGUCAGUCCAAUUUAUCAAGACCUCCAGUUCCUCAAACUUAUGACCUAAAACCCGUUCAUAGAUCCAGUAAGUGUUACAAUUGGAUGUCAUCUUUCCUUCAGGAUCUCUCCAUCAAAUUCCCCAACCAACUGUGACUGGCCGGCCCUUAAGUCGGCAAUCCUUUGGAGCUCCAGUCUCUUACCAGCAGCCACCGAUCCAAGAUGCCCCCCGCCGAGUUGUCUUAAGGAAAGGGACUCAUGGACUAGGCUUUAAUAUUGUCGGUGGAGAGUCUGGAGAGCCAGUUUACAUUAGUCUGGUCCAGCCGGGAGGGGUUGCAGAUCUGAGCGGGAACGUCAAAAGGGUAGGUAUUUAUUUUAUUAUGCCGCUGUUUGAAUUAUUUGUCGGUAUUUACGAGUGUUUACAGGGCGAUGUCCUUUUGCGAGUCAACGAUAUUGAUCUGCGAGGAGCUACACACACUCAGGCCGCGGCUGCUUUGACUUCGAUCCCGCCUCACAGCAACGUUGAAUUGACUUUACAAUACAGACCUCUAGGUGGGCAAGAUCGUUUGAAUAUUAUGCAAUUAAUUACAAAUAUUGUGCAUAAUUACAUCUUUUCUUAUAUUUUUUUAGAAAGCAGCACAUUCUUCGACAAAUUGCAAAGACAAAGUCAACUGAAUCUAAACCAAUUCGGCCGAUAG